CAGGACGCUGAGCCCGGGCUGUGCUCCGAAAAGGACGUGGCGAGCUACAGCGCGAUCCCGGAUGCUGGCGCGCAACUUGGAGCAACUUUAAGAUCGGAGCAGCCCGCAGGCGCGCGGAGACCCAGAGAAAUUAGUGAGCGAGCACGAAGAUGCCUCGGCCCGGCCGUAACACGUACAGCGACCAGAAGCCGCCCUACUCGUACAUAUCGCUGACCGCCAUGGCCAUCCAGAGCUCGCCAGAGAAGAUGCUGCCGCUGAGCGAGAUCUACAAGUUCAUCAUGGACCGCUUCCCCUACUACCGGGAGAAUACGCAGCGCUGGCAAAACAGUCUGCGCCACAACCUCUCCUUCAACGAUUGCUUCAUCAAGAUCCCGCGGCGGCCCGACCAGCCCGGCAAGGGCAGCUUCUGGGCGCUGCACCCCAGUUGCGGGGACAUGUUCGAGAACGGUAGCUUCCUGCGGCGCCGCAAGCGCUUCAAGGUGCUCAAGUCCGACCACCUGGCGCCCAGCAAGCCCUCCGACGCGGCGCAGUACCUGCAGCAGCAAGCCAAGCUGCGCCUCAGUGCGCUUGCCGCCUCUGGCACGCAUCUGCCACAAAUGCCCGCCGCCGCCUACAACCUGGGCGGCGUGGCACAGCCCUCGGGCUUCAAGCACCCCUUCGCUAUCGAGAAUAUCAUCGCGCGCGAGUACAAGAUGCCGGGGGGGCUGGCCUUCUCAGCCAUGCAGCCCAUGCCGGCCGCCUACCCGCUCCCCAACCAGUUGACUACCAUGGGCAGCUCGCUGGGCACCGGCUGGCCACACGUGUAUGGCUCCGCGGGCAUGAUCGACUCAACCACCCCCAUCUCCAUGGCGAGUGGUGACUACAGCGCCUACGGCGUGCCGCUGAAGCCACUGUGCCACGCGGCGGGCCAGACGCUGCCCGCCAUCCCCGUGCCCAUCAAGCCCACCCCUGCCGCCGUGCCAGCGCUGCCUGCGCUGCCCGCGCCCAUCCCCACCUUGCUUUCGAACUCGCCGCCCUCGCUCAGCCCCACAUCCUCGCAAACAGCCACCAGCCAAAGCAGCCCCGCCACCCCCAGCGAGACGCUCACCAGCCCGACCUCCGCCUUGCACUCGGUUGCUGUGCACUGACCCGGAGCGGCCGGCGCCUCCUCUGGUUCCCCUUCCCGCCAGCUCUCUCGCUUUCCCCGGCCCCCAGACCAGCCCUUCCAGACCUGGGGCCGCCACCCAAACUUGUCCAUUUCACCUUCGGCCAACUCUCUCCCUCACGAGAACUUUGUUUUGGACGUAGGAGACAAAACACAAACUUGCAGAUGGGCCUGGAGUUGCCCUGGCCCCCAAAGAGAGGA